AUUCUUGCCUAUACUCGAGUGGGGAUCGAACCCGCAACCUUGGCUUAUCGGGAUGGUGCUCUAACCAGCUGAGCUACCCGGCCAGGGCAGAAGAGGAAUUUCUUGAUCAAGGGCAUACACACCUAUAUUUUGAAAUUGAUCUUUACCAAGCUGGUUCCUCUGGGCCCCUGCUGAAGAUCUAUCCUGAAAAUUGUGUUUAAGUAACCUUUCUGACAGAGGAAGUUUGUUGCUUCUGUUUAUCAAGAUGAUUACAACACCUUCAAAACAUCCAGGAAUUCACUUGUCCUCAGAGACAUCUUCUCAGUGGAGAAAUAUGCCCAUUCAUGCAGUCUUUUUUGACAGCAUUCCUUCAGGCACACUUACUCCUGUAAAAGAUUUGCUGAAAUAUCAGAAUUCCUUUUUAAAAUUGAAGGACCAUAAAAAGAAUCAGUUCUCAGAAAUGACAUCUUUUCAACAUAAAAAUGUAUUUCAUUCUACCAUGCUAGCAGAGCCUAGCACCUCUAACAGUCUUCUUAAUAUUGAUAUCAGUGCUAUAAAACCCAAUAAGAAUGGAUUAAAAAAUAAAACAGACUAUGAAUCACCAGGAAAAGUAUAUCAAAGAAUGAAAGAAAAAUUACUGCGUAAUCAGCAAAAACAAGCAUCAAGAAACAGUAAUUUGUUGGAACCACCAAAAAGUGAAGGCAACAAAAUUCUUACACGUAAUGGAGCUGAGAAAAGAGUAUUACAACAUACCUACCUCUGUGAAGAAAAGGAAAACAAAUUAUUUAGAUCAGAAAACAGCUUAUUAAGAGCGUCAGUCCAAGAAGUUCCUCCAGAACCAUCAAAAGAUAUUUUACUCCUGGUCAAGCCAAAGAGUCAGUGUCAACAAGCAGAGAACUCACCUCUACACAAUUUAACUUAUGAGCUUCCGAUUCUGAACCAAGAACAUGAAAAUGUUUCACCUGCAGGAGUGUCCAACAGAGCAUUAACUGGAGCUCAGUUGGCAAAACAAAUUCUUUCAAAGGAGAAUACAGGUGUAACCACUAAAUUCAAAAAGGACACAUUUGUUUUAGAAGGUGUUGAUUCUGACUAUGAAAAAUGCCAAAAUACUACUGUUGAGACUCUCAAUACUAACUGUGUUUCUAUAAAAAAUGGCAGUCAAUUAAUAGUUUCUGAUAAUGAGGUAACAACAAGAAGGACUUCACAAGAGGAAAUUAAGGAAGGAUAUGAGAAAACAAUGCCCAGAGAAACUGAUCAUCCAGGUUCCAUAAAUGACACGUGUAAAAUUGUGCUUGCAACUCCAAGAUUUCGUGCAACAAUACCUCGAAGAUCAAAAAGAUGCAUUUCAAAGCUUCCUCCUCCAAGUAUAUGUCAAACUGCUACAGAUGGAGUUAAAAGUAAUAAGGUAGUCCGGUUACAGGAAUGGAUGAUUAAAAUAAUCAACAGUAACACUGCUAUAUGUGUAGAAGGAAAAUUGGUAGACAUCACUAACAUAUAUUGGCACAGUAAUGCAAUUGUAGAACGGAUUGAACACAGCAAACUUAGAACAUUAUCAGGCAACAUUUAUAUAUUAAAGGGAAUGAUAGACCGGAUUUCCAUGAAAGAAGCAGGAUAUCCAAAUUAUCUCAUAAGGAAGUUUCUAUUUGGCUUUCCAGAAAAUUGGAAAGAACACAUUGAUAAUUUUCUAGAACAAUUAAGAACCAACAUAAGAGGACAAAAACUUGUUGUUUUUAGGGCUUGUGAAAAGAAAAAGAGAAAGGCCAGACAAAAACAGAAAAGUGGACGAUUUGUGCCUGGCACAGGAAAAUCGAUGGGAAAUGACGCACGAGUAAACCGAAUAGAUGGCCUCCAAAAAACCAGCACGACUUACGAGCUUGAUUAUAAUCAUUUGGAACUGAGAAAUAGUAAACACAGUCGGUUGCCAAGAGCUACAGAAUUAAAUAUUUGCCAGAGUAAUCACCAAAAUAAACCACCAUUAAGGUUUCCAGAUGACCAAAUAAAGAAUACUAUUCAAAAUGGAGGAGGAAAUGACUUACCUAAUCAGGAAUUGAUUGAAAAAAAGGAAUAUAAAAAGUUAUCUUCCAACAAACUCAAAAAUUGUGAAAGAAGAACAAAUAAAAACAUAAUUCAAAGUCAGGAGCAAGAGCGAACAGAAGAAUCGAAUGUAUCCAUUGAUAUUAUCAUCUCAGGGAAAUCAACCGUCUCAGACAAAGAAAGAAAAGAUAUGGCUGCUAAUCAGAAGGAAGUUUAUGUUGUAGUAACACCACUUAAAUCUAAAAAGGUGAUAGAGCAAAAAUGCAGGAAGUAUAAUGUGUCCUCUGAUACCAUUAAAGCAGUAACAGAUUUUGUAGUGCCAAAUAAUCAAAAAGAAAAUGAAUCAGACUUAAAUGAAACUACACAUCUAAUCAAUACUCCCAGAAAGACAUUAAAAAAUGCAUUUGAGUGUGAUGUGGGUCAUAAAAGUGAAAAUAAGGAAGAUUGCAUUGAACGUGAUAUACUCACUGUCAACCAGAAAAUAAAAAUACCUAGUUCUAAAAAGAAACCAAAAGUCACCUCUGACUUUAAGAAAAAUACAAGGUUAUCAAAAUUGAAGAAAAUUGAAAAUCAAGUAACUAUGUCAUUUUGCAAGCAUCAGUCCUCAAAUAUGUCUGCUGACAAGAGUGAAACAGAAAAGAAAAUUAGAACAAAAGCUAGGAAUGCUAAGAAAACCACAGCAACAAAUACCCAGGAAACAGUAGUUCAACCAAAAAGAAGCAGGAGGAACACCACGGGAAAAAUCCCAUUUAUUUCUGAAUCUGAAACUGAGGAAAGUGAAACUGAACUUCAUAUUAAAAAAAAGAAAGCUGGAUGUUCAGCUAAAAAAAGUUGUCAGAAAUCUGAUAUUGGGAAUGAAUUUCCAAUUCCUGACAAAAUGGGAUCUGAUAAGACAAAGAGGGAUUCCUUAGAAUGUUUACCUGGUUUAAUUCAGGAUGAAGAAUGGAAUGAGAAGGAAUUACAAAAGCUUCAUUGUGCUUUCUCAUCUCUUCCCAAGCACAAACCUGGUUUCUGGUCAGAUGUAGCUAUGGCUGUAGGUUCUCGAUCUGCUCAAGAAUGCCAGAGGAAAUACAUGGAAGAUGUCCAAGGAAAUGGAUCCCAGAAACUUGUCACUAAGAAAAAUCCAGUUUAUCCCAAAGGCCAAAAAAAUGGCAACAGAGGUGGUACAGAUAAGGAGCAAACUAUUAAGAUAACUGCGAAAAUGGGAACUCUUAAAAGGAAGCAGCAGAUGAGGGAUUUUCUGGAACAGUUGCCAAAAGAUGACCAUGAUGAUUUUUUUAGCACAACACCUUUGCAGAAACAAAGAGUACUGUUGCCAAAUUUCCAGUAUAAUCAAGAAGAGGAUGAUGUUCUACCAAAUAUGGACAGAAAUCCGACAACUCCAUCCUCAGUUAUCUUUCCAUUGGCAAAAACUCCUGAGUGUCAGCAUGUCAGUCCUGGAAUGCUAGCCUCUAUAAAUAGGAAUGAUUGUGAUAAAUAUGUUUUUCACAUGCAAAAACAACAUAAAAAUAAAGGUGGCAUUGUCUGGGGCAAUAUCAAGAAAAAAACAGUUGAAAAUGAGUUUUCAACUCCAACAUCAAGAAGAAGAACCCCAUUUAACAAAGGAGAAAACUCUAAUAUUGGAAAACUUUUUACUAAUGCUAUGGAGUCCUUGGAUGAAGAAGAGAAAGAUGAUUAUUUUUCAAGCUCUGAUUCUGCAUAGUAAAAGUAAAAAUAUUUCUAGUAUUUUUAUGAAGAAGCAGACAGUUACUUGUACCUUCAUUUCAGAGUUUCUUUUGAAAUUGUGGGCUCCUUUUCAAAGGUUUUAUGUAUUUGUAUUCAAAGCUAAAGAUUCUUCUAGAGAAGAUUGCUGC